AUGGGUAUUAUUCUGAGUACAUUGGCCGGACUCGUCAUUUUUCGUCUCCCGUAUGAAUAUCAACGCGACCGGGGAUUACCCCCUGGCCCUCGCAGACUGCCAUUCAUCGGCAACAUCCACCAAGUCCCCCAAGUGGUCCCAUGGCGCACCUUCGACGACUGGAGCAAGAGGUAUGGGCCUAUUUGGAGCGCCCAAUUUGGACGACAGACAAUCAUCAUGGUAGCCGAUGCUGCCAUUGCCCGUGAACUGCUGGACAAGCGAGGUAGCGUAUAUAGUGAUAGACCACGAAUGGUCAUGGCCAACGAAAACGUGACCAAAGGCAUGCAUCUCCUGGUGCGCCAUUACGACGACCGCUACCGACUACACCAGCGCAUGGAAGCGCCCGUGCUAAGCCCUCGAGCAUCGUCUACGUAUCUGCCGAUCCAGGACCUAGAGAGCAAGCAGCUUCUUCACGAAUUUCUCGGAUCGAACAACUUCCAUAAGAUCAUCGAGCGAUACAGCUUUAGUCUAAUGUAUGCGUUGACCUACGGAUUUCGACUAGAAACCGGGGACGAGCCUGAAAUCCACUCCGCUCGGGAAGUCCUCAGCAAUUUCGUAUACGCCGGCCGACCGGGCACCUGGAUCGUGGACGCAAUUCCAAUUCUCAACAAACUGCCAGCACCCUUCGCUCCUUGGAAAAAGGAAGCCGAACGACUCUUCAACAUCGAGGCCGACCAGCACAUGCGCAACAUGAACCGCGCACUAGCCAACGAGCCAUGGAACUGGACCAAGGAGUUCUCUAACUCCAAGCAGGCCCAGACCAUGCCCCCGGUAGAACUAGCCUACGAUCUAGGCAUUCUCGCCAAUGCCGGCCUGGAAACCACAUCUGCCGUGAUGCAGAUCUUCGUCCUGGCCGCCGUGACACGUCCCCGCUUUGUCGCCAUCGCACAGGAAGAGCUCGACCGUGUGAUCGGACCACACCGACUCCCUGACUUCUCAGAUCGGGAGAACCUCCCGUACAUCGGAGCCACUAUAGAGGAGACUCUGCGCUGGAGACCGAUCCUUCCCGGCGGUUUCCCCCACGCCACGCAGCAAGACGAUACGUACAUGGGCUAUCGCAUCCCCAAGGGCGCCACCGUCAUUCCGCUCUUCUGGUCUAUGAUCAGGAACGAGACUGAUUUCGAGAACCCGGAUGACUUCUAUCCAGAAAGAUGGCUUGACACGACGGAGGACGGGUUUAGGAAUUGGUUCGGGUAUGGACGGCGCGUGUGCACCGGGCGACAUAUUGCCAUGAAUUCGCUCUACUUGCUCAUCGCGCGGAUCUUAUGGGCUUAUAAUGUUCAUCCAAGGAAGGGAUCUGAUGGACAACCCGAGAAAUUGGAUGAUAUGGCGUUUGGAUCGGGGUUUGUUUCAAUGCCGGAACCCUUUGAUGCGGUUUUUGAGCCUCGACCGCAUGCUCAAGAGGUGAUUGAGAGGGAGUGGGAGAGCGCGGAGAAGCAUCUGACAGUUCUUAUGGAUACUGUCAAGGAACAGCAGAAAGCUGUUGGGUUGGAAUUGCGAGCGAAGGGAUAA